AUGCCCGUACGCCUCAGCUUAUCGGUACCGCUGUGCAUAACUAACGACCAGCAGGCGUACCAUUCGUCUUUCAAUGAGGAGCCAGAUGUCCGUCAGGUCGGAAACAUGGCUAUUUUGCCAAUCAGGACGAGGAUUCGCGGCCCAGCACCCCUUGCCGAUCCACAGCAGGCGGACAUCGUCGACGAAACGCUAGAUCUCUUCCGUGCCAACUCCCUCUUUCGAAACUUCGAGAUCAAGGGCUCCGCCGACCGCACACUAAUUGUCCUGAUCCUCUUCAUCUCUGAUUGUCUAGCCAAGCUCGGAAGUGCACGCACAGUUGCAACGCAGAUCGAGGCUUCGAAACUGUUGAACACACUCUCGGUUGACACAUUUCCCAUCCCAGGCGACGCGAGUUUUCCCUUAAAUGCGCAUUAUGCUGCGCCUUCGAGUCGAGCGGAUGCUGGUCCGUUCUUCCGCUAA